CGCCCCAGGAACAUGGCGGAGGAGGCGGCAUCAGCAGCGGCGGCGGCGGCGGCGUGAAUCUUGUGGCGACGGCAGCGGCACCGCGCAGCUGACAGAAGGGCGAGCCGAGCCCCCGGCUUGCUACGAGACCGGGGCUCGUUCGGAAACAAUUCUACUGAAACAGAAGAGUGAACUUUUCAGGCAACAUUUGUAUUUUUAUUGUGACAGGGAGGACCUGACUUUUAACCAUGGGGAAAACAGAAUAUUUUAACUGGGACAACUACUUGAAAGAAACUGGGUCUGUAGCUGCCCCUUCACAGUGUUUCAGACAGUCUAAGAUUCCCCCUAGCAAUGAUUUCAAAGUGGGUAUGAAGUUGGAAGCUCAUGACCCCCGGAAUGUUACCUCUGUGUGUAUAGCUACAGUUAUUGGAAUCUCAGGUACUAGAUUAAGGCUGCGUCUUGAUGGAAGUGACAAUCAAAAUGAUUUCUGGAGGCUAGUGGAUUCCUCUGAUAUACAGCAAAUUGGAACAUGUGAAAAGAAAGGAGGAAUGCUUCAGCCUCCUUUAGGAUUCCAGAUGAAUGCAUCCUCUUGGCCAAUGUUCCUCCUAAGAACCCUAAAUGGAGCUGAAAUGGCACCUGCUAUAUUCUUUAAGAAGGAACCUCCAAAGCCGCCUCAAAACUUUUUAAAGGUUGGAAUGAAGCUGGAAGCAAUAGACAGAAAAAAUCCUUAUUUAAUAUGUCCUGCAACCAUUGGGGAUGUGAGAGGAGAUGAAGUUUUUAUAACCUUUGAUGGUUGGCGUGGAGCAUUUGACUAUUGGUGUAAAUAUGAUUCUCGAGAUAUUUUCCCAGUUGGAUGGUGUGAUUUAACAGGGGAUGCACUACAGCCACCAGGAAAAAGUGUUUCUAGCACAAAAAAUAAUACCAAAGCACAGACCUCUCCUUCCAAAGGAACUCGAAGCUCAAUGCACUCUUCACCGAAAUCAGCUUCACCUGUUCCAACUGCCAAAGGCAGGAAACUCACUCGGGCUCCAUCCACCGUCCUUAGCAAAGUCCCAUCUCCUAAAAAUAUUCCGGUAGUCAAAAACAUUUCUCACAAAGAAAACCUCAAAAAAAGGAAAAAGGAUUUAAAUCCAGGAAGAAAAAAAAAAAACUUAACAAUGCAACCUCCCACCUUUUUUCCUCCUAUUUCUGCAAAAGUCGAUAAUAGUAGCUCUCCGAUAUAUGGAGAGGCACCUGCUAUCACUGGAACAUCAGUAGCCGUUAUUUCAACAGUUUGUGUCUAUGUUAACAAGAACGGAAAUUCUGGGCCUCAUCUUGAUAAAAAGAAAAUUCAGCAGCUUCCUGAUCACUUUGGACCAGGUCCUGUGAAUGUAGUACUUCAGCAGGCUGUCCAAGCUUGUGUCAAUUGUGCCUAUCAAUCAAAAAUUGUCUUUGGAUUCCUCAGGGCUGGGCAUCAUGCUGGAGAGAUUAUUACUGCCUCUUUUGAUGAGGAAAAACAUGCCAUCAAUCUUCCUUCUGUGAAUAGUGCAUCUUUUGUUCUGCGUUUCUUGGAGAAACUUUGCCACAGCCUGCAGUGUGAUAAUCUUUUCAGUAGCCAGCCCUUUAGUCCUUACAUGGGAAAUGCACAUAGUCCCAUUGAACAUGAUAGAAACAAGUCAGCAAAAGAACAAAUAUUAAACAGCAGAAGUGCAAAGCGAUAUUCUCAGGAUUCACCCCCCUAUCCUGUCCCCCUGUCUCCUAAGCUUCUAAGAACUGAAGCUCACCCAUCUGAAGCAGAAACCCUGCCAAGUGAAGAAACAUCCAAAGAGCACAGGUUUGCUGAGAAUUCAAUGGAUUCUGCACUUAAUUCAGUCAUCCUGUCAAGUCCUAACAAUCAGAUUUCCACUGAAUAUUGUACCUCAGGGAACAUAGCCUAUUUUAGGCAUUCUCUUCCUUCAAUAUCUGCUACCUCAAACACAGCACCAAAUCUACAGAAAUUAUCAAGUGCUACUGGGAACAAAAGUUAUUGUGAAAUUGCCAGAAAGAGAUUGCAACAGAGGAUUGAAGCUGCAAGUUCUAAAACAGGACCUGAACUCAGUGCCCUAAAACAGGAAUCUUCGCAUCUCUUCAGCAAAGACCCUUCAACAUGGUCAAUUGAUGAAGUAAUGCAAUUUGUAAAAGAAGCAGAUCCUCAGACAUUAGCACCCCAUGCUGAACUCUUCAGGAGACAUGAAAUUGAUGGGAAGGCUCUUCUGUUACUGAGGAGUGAUAUGAUAAUGAAGUAUAUGGGUCUGAAACUGGGCCCAGCAUUAAAACUGUGUUAUCAUAUAGAAAGACUUAAGCAAGGGAAGUUCUAGGCAGCAAAUACAUAGUGAUAAUGUUGCAUUUUAAGUAGACAACCAGUUAGGUUCAAAAAGAGAACUAUAGGGCUGAAACUUUGCCUGAUCAAAUGGAUCAAAAAAAUCUCACUCUGCUCACAA